AUGUUGAGAAAUUUCUAUUUUCCAUCCAUUUGCAGAAAAUAUGGUAUCAAGGUUAGUGUCGAUCUCCAUGCAGCUCCAGGCUCACAGAAUGGAAAUGAACAUAGUGGAACGAGAGAUGGAUCUCAGGAAUGGGGAAAAACAGACGAGAACAUACAACAGACUGUUGCGGUAAUAGACUUCCUAGCAGCCAGGUAUGCCAUGAAUCCAAGCCUCAUUGCUGUCGAGUUGAUCAACGAGCCUCUUGCACCAGGUGUUUCCUUUGAGAGCCUUACUAAGUUCUAUAGAGCCGGUUAUGAUGCUGUUCGAAAGUAUUCUUCGAUUGCUUAUGUGAUCAUGUCCAAUCAGCUGGGCCCAGCUGAUUCAAGGGAGCUCCUCCCCCUCGCCGGUGGACUCAAGGGCACUGUCAUUGACAUACAUUACUAUAAUCUGUUUUCAGAUGAAUUCAAGAGCAUGACGGUACAACAAAACAUUGAUUUUGUUUACAACAACCGGGCUAACCCGUUGAACAUUGUCACCACAUCCAAUGGUCCGCUCACUUUCGUCGGGGAAUGGGUCGCUGAAUGGGAUGUCAAUGGAGCAACAGAAGAUGAUCAUCGCAAAUUUGCAAAGGCGCAGUUGGAAGUUUAUGGGCGGGCCACAUUCAGGUGGGCAUAUUGGGCAUACAAGCACGUAUAUAACCAUUGGAGUCUGAGGUGGAUGAUUGAAAAUAACAUAAUAGCACUGUAG